AUGCUUCACGAUAGUCUUGGUGUUGCUCUUGAUGAUGAAAGAAUCAAGUAUGCGAGCAAAGCAGGGGAAGAAAACAUACCACUAGAUUGGGCGUUAGGCGCUUUUAUACUAAACACUGCCGCCCCCACUUAUGAUAACAGUGGCGAGUCAGGGCCCAGAGUUGCAGGUCUUCCGCUUCACUCAGUUGUUGCGGAUGCUCUGAGAGAGGGUCAAUGGUGGAUUGCUAGUAGUAGAAGUCGGAAUCCAAUCAUUCAAUUGUUGAGAGCCUGCAUUCCUCCUUCCUCAGCUGUUAACUUACACUCAGAUGCUCCAGAGGAUCGUUAUCUCUGGAAGAUUGGAGAUGCAGCCCCUUCCAACAGUUUCUCGAUAGCCACUAUCUGGGAUCAUCUUCAUCCAGUGGGUGUCAGGGUGGAUUGGUUUGAGUCAGUUUGGUUCAAGGGCAGAAUCCCGAAGCAUGAUUUCAUCUCUUGGCUUAACUCUCGAGAUAGGCUCCUUACCAGGGAUCGUUUGGUGAGUUGGGGUCUCUUGGUACCUUCUACUUGUCUCUUUUGCAACACUUAUGAUGAGUCUCGUCAACACCUGUUUUUUGAUUGUUCAUAUUCGAAGGAAGUUUGGUAUUAUUUCACUAGCAAAACCCAUCUUUCUCCUCCUCUUAACUUUGAGGAUGGAGUUAGAUGGCUGAAGAAUCCUUGCAGAGACAAGAAUGUAGCUUGGAUUCUUCGGCUAGCUUACCAAGCUUCAGUUUACUCUAUAUGGAAGGAGUGUAACACGCGGAUUCAUACUGCCUCUUCUCGACCAGCUUCAGCAGUACUCAUGGAAACAAAGACUAUGCUCAGGUCGCAUUUGGGUCCGUUAACACUCAAGCAAAGAGUCUCUAAUCCAUCUGAUACGCUUCUGGUUACAUGGUUUCGUGUGUUUCAAUAA